UCACCGGUGCCUAUCAAAUAACAGCCAUGUCUAGAUUAUGGGUCAGAUAGAAGACCAUCGGUUUUAAUCUGGUUGACUUCAAUGGAUUUAUUUCUCCGUUAUACCUUUGGAGAUCCGUACCGGGAAUAAAGUGCGGUGUUUGCGGACACAGCGACAGAUCUGCGGCUCCAUCUGCGCCUUUUGUCCGCGGAUAUCCAGGAGGAUGUUUAUUAUCAGGCGCUGAAACAAUUGACGGCGCGUUUGUCGAGCCUUAACAAAUAAAAAAAGGUGUUUCCACAACCAGGCUGUCAAACAUAAGAGGACCAUAGAUGUGAUCAUUUCCCUCUGCGGGCGGCGUUGAACACAAACAUCCAUCCCAAGAUGAUGUCGGGAAAGCAUUUCAAGGCUCAUGAAGUGAGCUGCUGCAUCAAGUAUUUCAUCUUCGGAUUCAACAUCAUAUUCUGGUUCCUCGGAGUGGCCUUCCUCGGCAUUGGGUUGUGGGCAUGGAGCGAAAAGGGUGUCCUCUCCAACAUCUCGUCCAUCACAGACCUGGGGGGCUUUGACCCCGUCUGGCUCUUCUUGGUGGUGGGCGGUGUGAUGUUCAUCCUCGGAUUUGCUGGGUGCAUCGGAGCGCUGCGGGAAAACUCUUUCUUGCUGAAAUUUUUCUCCGUGUUCCUGGGUAUCAUCUUCUUCCUGGAGCUGACUGCAGGAGUCCUGGCCUUUGUCUUCAAAGACUGGAUCAAGGACCAGCUCAAUUUUUUCAUUAACAACAACAUUCGGGCCUACAGAGACGACAUUGAUCUGCAGAACCUGAUAGACUUCACCCAGGAAUAUUGGGAGUGUUGUGGAGCUUUCGGAGCGGAUGACUGGAAUUUAAACAUCUACUUCAACUGCACUGAUUCCAACCCAAGUCGUGAGAAAUGUGGAGUGCCCUUUUCCUGCUGCACCAAAGAUCCAGCGGAGGACGUCAUCAACACUCAGUGUGGCUACGACAUCCGAGCCAAAACGGACUCUGAGCAGCGGACAUUCAUCUUUAUCAAAGGAUGCGUUCCUCAGUUUGAGAAGUGGCUUCAAGACAACCUGACGGUGGUGGCAGGCAUCUUUAUUGGGAUUGCAUUACUACAGAUUUUUGGCAUCUGUUUAGCGCAGAAUCUCGUGAGCGACAUUGAAGCUGUGAGAGAGAGUUGCUUGUUUACCUAAGACCUCCGCAGAAUCUCCAAAGGCAAGAAGGAUGUACCAGGACUCUGCAGUUUGGACGCCAGCAAUGAAGGGAAAUAAAUUAAUCCGCUAAUGUGUCCUGAACGAAGAGUCUCAUUCACAUGUAAAUAGUAAAUGUAGAGUUAUUUUUAGAGUUAUUUGUGGCCCUGUUUUUUGAAUGAAGCACAACCUCUAAGAUGUAUUGUAGCUCCCAUACAGUACAAAUGAAACAAAUGCUUUACAGUACAAGCAUCUGUGAUGGUGAAGUCCCAGUUCAGAGUGUUUGUAAGCCUGUGAAUGAGGCGCUAAGGGGAUUAUAACUUGUAGAAUAGCUGGCAGAUUUGAUUAUCAGAGGUAGUGCUUCGUUCAGGAAAGGGCCUUGGUUUUAUAUGUCUCACAGCUGCAGUUUUUAACACUGCAUGUAAGGGGUUGUGUACAAAGAGCAAAGUGAUUCUGGAAAUGCACUGCAUGCCUAUUGUCUACUGGUAGGACAUUGGCUCUCCUAAAUGUAUUUCAUUAAUGUUAAGUAUUUUAAAACAAAAAAUAUUUGUAAAAUAGUCCUUAGUUAAGAGUGAAUCGGCUGGUUAGCACUUUGUUGAAUGUUUAACUGAAUCUACUUAAAGCGAAGGAGAAUUAACUUUAGAUUUAUUUCUAUCUGUGCUCAUAUUAUACAGACACAUGCAGUUUGUGAGCAGAGUUUCGUGGGGCUGAGGUGGAUAUAGUAACAUGUAAUGUCAUGAGGGGAUACAGUUGAUGUUGUGGGCUUUGCAGAGUCACAGUUUGUUAAGAGUUUUUGCAGUGACAUUUAAAAGAAAGCAGGAGAUGUGGCAUCCAAAUCAAAACUCAGCCUUAAGCACUUUAAUCUUCACACACGAGCGAUGAGGCUCGUUGCAGUUUCUGUCAUAAUGGACUGUUAUUUUACUCACGCAGCAGCCACUGGAGGGGGCACUUUUUCUUAAAAACUGCAUUUGUACCCUGAUGGUGCUCCAUAAUGUCAGAUUUUUAUUUUCCCAAAGCUGUUUGACAGGUUUUUCAGCACGUUACGAGUGUCGUGCCGUUCCUUGCACAUUACCUUACUGUCAGUGUUCAUUCAGUCAGUUUUCCUCUGUUUUUUAAUUGUUGUGUUUCUUUGAUGGAAUUAAUUGAACCUUUGUUUGUUGUGUUGUUUUUUUUCUGUUUUGAUCUGUAAGUUUUCACUGGAAAAUUAGGAUACAAGCUAUUUCGAAGGCUUCAUCAUGAAUGGCAUACUGGUACCGCUCGGUUGGUGGCACAUAACUGAACAUUGAAAUAAUUUAUAGCCUGCACACACACAUUACUUGAAGGUCUCUCACCAGCAUUAUUUUAAAUGCAAACUUGAGAGCUGACAUACAGCUUCUGUGUUUUUCCUUCCUAGACAUGAAGCGGAAGCAUAUCAUUUACAUCAACCUUUAAUAGAACUGUGCAGCAUGAAAAGUAACAGCAGCCAUGUAGAGGUGGUGUUAACCUGCAGUAUAUUUCACAGAGCGUUUUCUUUGCAGUCAGUUCUCCUGCAGCCUUGAUGAACUCAACAUCCUUACACAAGAGAUAUUUUUUAAGAAAUGCAUUCCUGCAUUUUGAGCUCUUAAACGUCUGCAGUGAGGUCAGAUAUCCUGUUUUUUCCACUAAAAGCUUCAUAUGAUUGUUGUUGACUGAUCACACUUUUUCUUACUACUCAGUGCCAUACUUGUGAUUUCUACUUACUUCUGAUUAUAACUUUGGUUUCAUGUGUACUCCUGAUUCUUGUAAAUAACUGGAUGGUGACAAGUUGUAAAUAUAUAUCUGAAUAAAUGUU